CUUCAAGAGAAACWGGAGGAGGUGGAACCAAGAAAUCUUCGCUCAUUUAUUUAACAUCACUUCCCCGCCGCCGGUAAAGCAAACAGUCCUCCCGAAGCAGCCGGGGGAGCAGAGGACRCAUCGGUGUGCGUGUCCGCAGAGAGCCGAACCUGCCGAAGCCGACCGGGCUCACAGAGGCUCCUGGUUUCYGCCUCAGAACACGAGUCGAGCGCUGAUUUCCGCAGAUAUUUGGGAGAAAUCUGCGGAGGCUCCUCCGGGCAUGGAGAGCCAACCACCGCUGUGACACCCGGACUUGUUUGCUUCAUUCUAAAUAAUGGAGAGUUGACAGUUUCAGAAGAACCAGACUAACUGAAGUGGGACAAAAAAAAAAAAAAAAGAAAAUUCAGCUCCCUUUUUUAAUCCCAGGGACAUCAUAUCCAUUGUUUCAAACCCAUUAAGUACUUCUGAUCAGUGUCAUGGCUGCAUACGGGCAGACUCAGUACAGCCCGGCCCUCCAGCCUGCAGGACCAUACACCCAUUACACCCACCACACGCAGGGCUACAGCAUGCCGUCUUACAACAUUAAGACAGAGGACGGUUUGAGUCAUUCUCCGGGGCAGACAGGACUACUGGGCUACUCAAACUUCAGCGGAACGCCUCCGAGUCAAAGUCUCUACAGCUACUCUCACACACACGGCGGUGGUAUUUCACCGGGAAUCUUCCAAGGGACACACGCAAUCUCAAGUUCRACCCCAUUCAAUCCUACCCAACAAGAGUUUCCUGCAUAUUCAAGCUACAGCCAGAGUCAGUACUCUCCCUACUAUAACUCACAUCACUACAACAGUCCCUACUUAACCAGCAGCAACAUCAGCCCCGCGACGAUCACAGCUCCWUUAGCUUAUCAGCACCCAGAGCAUUCUAUUAUGAUGCCCAAUCACAGCCCAGAAUCACAUACAGGAGAUUACCACCCGCCACCCAGCCCACCAACACCAGGUAAGGAGGAGGUGACCCCAGCACGAAGGGGAUCCGAUGGCAAGCUGAGGGGAAGAAAAAAAGUUAUUGACCCCGCUCCCCCUCUGGACUCAGAUAUAGAGCGCGUGUUUAUCUGGGAUCUGGAUGAAACCAUCAUCAUUUUCCAUUCACUCCUCACGGGAACUUUCUCCUCACGAUUCGGCAAGGACUCAUCAAAGGCAGUAUCUCUGGGUUUGUGGAUGGAAGAAAUGAUCUUCAAUCUAGCUGACUCCAGACUCUUUUUCAACGACCUGGAGGAAUGUGACCAGGUUCAUAUUGAUGACGUGGCAUCAGACGACAAUGGACAGGACCUGAGCACUUACAACUUUGGGUCCGAUGGCUUCCAGAGCCCAGCAGGAGCAGGCUCCUUGUGCCUGGGGUCAGGGGUUCACGGAGGAGUCGACUGGAUGAGGAAACUGGCUUUCCGAUACCGCAGAGUCAAAGAGAUUUACAACACWUACAAAAAUAAUGUUGGAGGUUUGCUGGGCAGUCCCAAGCGAGAGGAAUGGUUACAGCUCAGAAGAGAGAUGGAAGUUCUGACUGACCUGUGGCUGACUCAAGCACUCAAAGCCUUGGCUCUCAUUAACUCAAGGCCAAACUGUGUGAAUGUGUUGGUGACCACCACUCAGCUCAUCCCAGCCCUUUCCAAGGUUUUACUGUACGGUCUUGGCUCAGCCUUCCCAAUAGAGAACAUAUACAGCGCCACGAAAAUUGGAAAAGAGAGCUGUUUUGAGCGUGUGUCUCAACGGUUUGGUCGGCGAGCGGUUUACGUGGUGAUCGGAGAUGGAGCCGAGGAGGAGACCGUAGCCAAGAAGAAGAACAUGCCAUUCUGGAGGGUGUCCUGUCGAGCAGAUCUGGAGGCUCUGACUCAUGCACUGGAGCUGGAUUACCUCUAGAGGGCAUCAACCGUCAACGUCYGCACUCAAAGCAAGGAGAAGCUCUUGAAGUCUGUUUUGUGCAGCCAGAGUUGAGGUGCGUGUGGAAACUGACUUCAGAUCAGUAUUGCUGUUCUGAGGGAGCACCUGAGGACUUUCAAGCAACGCGACAGCCGGACACAGACAUGAAACCACAAGUGCUGACAUCCAACUUUGCAAAGUACAAAUAAGGGACCAAAUCAUAGCUAAUMCCAGGGAACUAUGACUAGUACUGCAAGUAUUAAAUAUAUGUAUAUAAAAAAACAUGUCUUUUUCUUUCUGUUUAUUUUGUUCAUCUCAGCUUAUUGAAUAUUGCACUGAAUGCAAAUUCUGAUUUCUUAUUCAAUGAGCUCAAUGAGUUUUUGAAUGGAAAAAAAAAACAUCUGUCUGGUUUUUGACUUUUUAUUCUGUUCUGUCUUUUAUUUGUUUUCAGACUUAAACUGUCUCAAGGGCUAAAACUGUUUUUUAAAAUAAAGUUAGAAACAAAUUGUGAUGUUAUAUGUGACAUUUUAGUCAGCUAGAAUAUUGUAAAACAAACAUCUUUUAGUUAGAGACUAUUAAAAUAGUCAAUACAUUGGAAUGAUAAUAACAGCUAUUUAUUAUAGGUUCAGUCCUAUAGCAUAAUGAGUUAGACUGCAAAAUAUAAAAAAUAUGUAAAGACAAAAGCAAAUGUUUUGAUAUGAAGUUUUCCUGCAGAUGUGUUUUAGUUCAGUGCUUGAUUCUUUAAUUUUGAUUCUGGGUUGUACAUUGAUUCUUUUUCUGACUCUGUUUCAGUCUCCAUAAACCUGGUUGUAAUAUAAAUGAACUAGUAAGGUUGUGCAUGUGCUAAUUACACUGCCUGUCGGCUUAAUGUGAUUUGUAUAUAAUGCUUUUUAUUGCCCAAUUUGUUUUGACAGACAAAGUAGAUAAUAAAGAUAAAUUAAUUGCA